AUGAGGUACCACAUGUAUGAAGAGGAAGAUAGAGCUGAUUUGGACCAAGGAUUGGGAUGGAUCACGUUCUUGGCUAAGGGAGAGAAGAGAAUGGUGACCUUUAGGCAGCUGGAAAUCUUGUUUGGGUUCAACUAUGGAGAGGGUACCAAGUGGAACUUCAAGGAAAAGGAACUCCAAAGGGUUUGGGCUACAAUCGCUGAUGGAGUGUACUCUUCCUCAAGGUCCAAGGCAGCUCAGAUCAGGAGCCCAGUCUUGAGGUAUGUGCACAAGGCACUUGCCAACACCUUCUUUGCAAGGAAGGCGACCGGGACCAUCAACGAGGGGGAACUCAAGUUUCUUGACAUGGGAAUCAAGCCCUUCUCUCACGCACAAGCGAUGGCAAGAGGAUAA